CCUUCACACACACCACCACCAACAUGCCGCGCCUGUCCGCCGUCCUCCUCCUCGCGUCCGUGGCGCUCGCUCACGGCGACCACGGAGCCCACGGGGGCGAGAGCAGCAGCAGCAGCGACGAGGGGCUGUCCUAUGCCGAGUCACACAUGCACAACGAGCACCACAUCGACAGCUUUGACCCGCCGGCCUUCUUCAAGCUCCACGACCUGAAUUCAGACGGGUACUGGAACGCCGACGAGAUCGCCGCGCUCUACGGGCUGCGGCACCACUCCGUGCUCGACCCGCACCGCGCGAGCAACGUGCCCGACGGGCUGGAGGAGAAGAUCAUCGCCGAGGUGCUGGGCAAGCUCGACACGGACGGGGACGGCCGCGUCUCGCUCGCGGAAUUCGAGGUCGCCGGACCUGAUUCCCUGCCGAACUUUAAGGACGAGUUCAAGGACCUCGGGCACCACUACGACGAGGAGUCGGAGUACUUCCUGCACCACGAGGAGCUCUACCACUCGACGCCCGAAACGCAGACAGAAGAGUCAUACAACCACCCGGAGGACAUUGAGCACUUCAAGCACCACCACAAGCUUGAGGAUGAGGAGGACGCUAGGCAGCGUAUCUUCCAGGGCCUGGCGCCCGACGCCGACCUGGAAGAGGACCACGAGGUGGUUGAUCCCCUGGACGUGCACGAGCAUGCUGAGGGCGAGGGGGUCGGCGGUGACGGGUUCACGGGCGACGAGGAGGUGCCGCUGUUGACUGGUGUUGACGGGGAGGAGGAGGCCGAUGGUGCGGAGGGUGAGGAGCACGAGGGCGAGGCUGGCGACGCCAGCGGUGCCGAGAAGCAUCAGGAGGGUGCCGCAGAGUCGAUCCCGGACGACGCUGCCGCCCCUGCCGCUGCCGACGACGCCGAGCACAUCACCGUCGCUCACGACGACCCCGGUUUCCGCGCUGCGCGCGCCGCGGCACGCACACCCCCGCGCAGGAUCACGCCCGAGGGCGGCAAGGGCGGCAAGAACCGCCGUGGCCACACGGCUGAGAACCGGCUCAAGCCGGAUGCGCCGUACAAGUUCAAAAUGCGCGCCGGUAUCAGAGGCGACGAGUUCUGACCGCCCUGCUGGCCCGCCCCUUCUAGAUAUGUUACAUGCAGGGUAUAUCCACAGUGUGGACAGUACAGAUUAGACAGGCGAUAUGAGAUGCAAAUCUUGUGUGUGUGUGUGUGUGUCUUUGUGUACUUGUGUGUUGCUAUGAUGCUUGUCAUGCAGGAGAAGACUUGGAAAUCAGCUUCAGAAACGGCAUGAUCAUCUGUGCGUGUGUGAGCCAAACCAUUAGAUGCGCUCAACCAAGCAUAGCCUGGAGAGCACCAGAGGGGCCGUGUAGGAACCCACGCCACCGCUGGGGAGAAGGGUACAGCCCGCGAUACCGCCGUCGAGCCACGCGUUGGUGGCCAGCCCUCCCGCAAAGUACAUGAACGUCCAGGUCCAGAUUCUCCCAAGGAAUCCUUUGACGCGGUGGCCGGUGGCGCGCUUGAACGACACCUCGAUGGCGCACCCCAGCCCUGCGAGGACGAAGAACGUGCCAAGCUUCCACGGCUCGGGCAAGGGGUCCAUACUGAGCUCGCCAAAGGCGUGCAGUAGCCCAGAGAAGACAAACGUGAGCAGGAAGAGGGCGUGCGAGCCAAUCUUGACGCCCAGUGCGCGUGUCACAGUCACCGAAAGGAUAAUAAACUGGUGUCGGAACAUCUGGUGCCAGCGCUUGCCCCAGAGGUCGAUGAUGCUGUCGGCGCGCCACGGUGCGUCGAACAGAUCCACGUCCCAGCUCUGCACCUCCCAAAAUCCAGAGCCAACACACGCCAUGGCUAGAGAAUGGUAGCCACAGCUCAGCGACUGCCAAAUAACAAGGGGCACGCAGACUUCGGUAAAGAAACGCACACCCCCGGCGGGAAGCACCCAGUCAAGGAU